ACACAGGCUUAUCUUAUCAAUGUUUUAUGGGUUUUGUAGAGAUGUUUGCUGUUUGUCUUUACGUCAUGUUCGAGAGAUGCAACAUUAUUUUUAGAAAAGGAGAAAUGAUGAAAUGACAGUUGGUUGAUGUGGUUUGAGAACUGAAAAACGCAACAGGGAUGUUGAAACAAAAUCCAUCAUUUUCUGUCUCUCUUUAUAAUUCACUACACUAACUUAGUCCAGCAGUGAUUCUCCUGGAUCAACACAAGGAUACAGCUACUAUGUGGUUCUCUGUUUGUCUGGUCAACUUGUUCCUGCUAACGGGCAGUGAAGGCUGUACUCUGUCUGGGCAGGAGAACAUCCCUAUAGAUACCACUGUGUCUUCAGGUCAAUCUGUCCUCCUGCCCUGCUCCUGUAUUGACCUUCAGACCACACCUGCAAGCUUCACAUGGGAGGUCAAUAAAAAACCCACUUCAGCUUGGAAACCAGUAACUCAGAGUGAUCUCUACAGAGAGAGAAUGGAGCUGUUUAAUGAGACCACACCUGGGAACCUCUCUCUCCUCCUAUCACACCUCACUGAGAAGGAUCAGGGAUUUUAUAGGUGCAGAAUCCAGAGUGGACAGCUCAGAGACAUUCACCUCACUGUUCGUGCAUGCACACUGCCCGGCACUCGACAGGACAUUGUUAAAUCACCGGGUCAGUCUGUCCACCUGCUCUGCUCCUGUACUGAACCUCACACCAGACCAGUCAGCCUCAAAUGGGAGUUCAGUGCAUCAGGCUUUGGACCCUGGGUGCCUGUAACUCAGAGUGAUCUCUACAGAGACAGAGUGGAGUUUAAUGAAACCACACUCCUCCUCUCACAUCUCACUAAGAAGGAUAAUGGAUUUUACAGGUGCAGUAUGGAAAAUGGACAGUUCAGAGACUUUCACCUAAGUGUUCAAGGUGAAAACACAGGAGGCGCAUCCAAAUAUACUCCACCUCCAUCAGAUCUCCUCAUUUCCAUCUAUGUGGGCCUUCCUUUAAUACUUAUUAUCACUGGAGUGGCUGUGUGUUUGUACAUGAAAAACAAAGGUAGGAAAACAUUAAUGGAUGAAGAUAGUGAGAGCAAAACAGGAGGAGAGAGAAAAGAGGAUGAUCAAUCUGUCAAUCACACAACCACUCACAAUGGCUCAGACACUAGGAUGGCUACACCCCACACUGCAAAAGAGGACAUUUUGACAUAUUCCACCAUCGUCCACAUGGAAGGUGGAAGGAGAGCAGCAGGGAGUAUGAUGGACCAGAAGGGAGACACAGAGUAUGCCACUGUCAAGAUGGGCACAACCUCCUAGAACCAGUGGGCCUCUCAGUCACACAGCCUCUUCUAGGUACACAGGUCUACCUAGCAUGCUUGUAGACUGCAUUUCUGACACCAUAUUUAGCAACAGAAAAACACCCCCCAAAUAACAUGCAAUAUGUAUAUAUUCCUUCUGCUGUCAGACAUCAGGUGUCACAUGUCAGAUGUUAAGUGUCGAUUUUGUAUUGUACCCAUUUCUUAAUUAUAGUAAUGAAAGUUUUCUGAAGGACUUAUACUUUGUACUGAGUGUUGUUGGUUACAUUGGUUAAACAUUAUAAAUAGACUACACAUACUUAACUAAUGUUCUAGUAAUAUAUGUCAUCCUUUUACCACAGUAUUACCAACAGUUUCUGUUGCAUUCAUUGUUGUUGAGCAAAGGAAAUUACAAAGGCCUUUUAAGCAACAACUCAGUCCCUUCCUAAAAGUAUGCAAUGCAAGUACAUGAAGCACCAAUUAAACAAAGUGUACUAGUUAGUGAUGAGGAGCCUGAUAAGUCGUU